AUGACAGAAGAGCCACACGAUGACAAACAGGCAGCACUCCUGCAAAAGGGCGGGGGCAACGAUGCCGUGGAGAAGUCAAGGGUUCUCGACAUUGAAUCCUCUAGAGGAGGAACGGAUGAAAACAACGACGAUAUGAUCCAUGGCCCUCCCAACCAGUCGCUGCUACAUUGCAUGUACCUGUCGACGCUUCUUACCGUGCUUUUUGUCACCGCUGCAUUGAACAGCUUGAUUUUGACACGCAAGAGCAAGAUGAUACCCAGCUAUUACUUCACUCUAACCGUUAUUCCAGCAAUGCUGUCCUUCGCGACCAUCAAGAUGUGGACUUCUUUCAGAGAAGAGCGGAACUAUCGCAUGGCAUUUCACUUGAGUCUCCCGUCCAUGGUUCUGGCGGGUAUCAUCCUUCUUCUCUUGCUCAUCCACGCAAUCAAGAACUAG